AUGCUGGGCGCAUCAAUCAGCCCAGCUGAAGGUGGAGUACAAGUCGAUGGAAAAAUGGGUACCGACGACUUGCCAGCCACUCAGAACCUCGAUUUUCGAAGAUGUAUAGCAUUUAUUGGUGGCACAUAUUUUCUCAUCAUGACGACUUUUAUCAUACCGGUAGCCUGUUUUGCAUCAUGUGUGCUCUUUUUGUUCCCACUUAUGUUUAUCAAUAUGAAUCUAUUCAACAAACUGGAGCAACGAUUGUGUCGUUUGGUGAACGAUCAUUGGGUGACAACAGCCUACUAUUGUGGAGUACAAGUCCGAGAAUAUGGCACUGAUGUGAGCCGUUUCAUCGAAUCGAAAUGUCUGUACUUGGCCAAUCAUCUAGGUCUCGUCGAUCACUUCGUUGUGAUGACAUCAUUGCACAAUAGAGGGAAUGUUUCCGGCAGUUGGAUGUGGGUGAUCUACAACAUUUGGAAAUUCACUCCACUUGGAGCCAUGUGGACACUCCACGGAAAUUUCUUUGUCAAUGGAGGACCAAAUCGAAAAGCUGCUCUAUUGGAAACGUUUAAAAAACAUUUGAAGAAUUUCUUCGCAAAGCACAAUUACAGUUGGAUUAUUAUGUAUCCAGAGGGAUCUCGUUUAUAUUUGAUUCGAGAAAGUGCAGCAAGUUUUGCAAAGAAAAACGGAUUGCAACCAUUGCAACAUUGUACCUAUCCAAGGACAGGAGCCGCUCACGCUGUUUUAGAGGUGCUUGGUCCACAAAAAGAUGGCGAAGUGGCUCGAAAAGGAUCCGGUGAACCAGUGAAGUACAUCAUCGAUGCAACUCUCGGCUAUCCGAAAGGAAACGUCGUUGAUAUAGCU